CGCUCUCUGAAGAGGAAGCAGCUCCCUGGCUCUGUCUGUGCCACACGCUGACAGUGAUAGCGGCUGACAGUGACAGACAGCAACAGCGAGGAAGACAAAGACUGAGGAGGAGGAGAGACUCUUUGUCAAAAUGGGCCAAGAUCUUUCCCGGAGGGAAGAUGUGGAAGCGACCGACCAGAGAGAUGUUCCAGGAGCCCAAGAAAUGUCCGGGCAGGGAAUGAGGAGCAGCCAAGAGCUGAACCAAGGCCAGAGUCCCACGGAGGCCGAGCCGGCAGCUGCUGCCCCAGCUGGAGAUACUGAGGAGGAGGAGGAGCCCCCUGAGGCUCUCCUGUCCCAAGGGGAAGAUGAGGAUGAUGUCAGCUCCAGUUCCUUGGAGAAGCCACUGGACUCAGUGAAGGAGAAGAACACCCAGACUUGUUCCUCAUCCAGUCACGAGGAGCUGUCCCAGGUCGAAGAGGUCAUCGAGCUCUCUCCAGGGGACGGCAAUAACGAGCCAGAGCUGUCCUCAGUGGAAGAGGCAAUUGAGGACAUCCCAUGGGACAGCACAAGUGACACGGAGCUGUCCCCAGUGAAAGAGGCCAUCAAGGUUGUUCCAGAGGACAGCACAAGGGACGAGGAGCUGUCCUCAGUGGAAGAGGCCAUCGAGAACAUUCCAGAGGACAGCACAAGUGACCAGGAGCUGUCCCCAGUGAAAGAGGCCAUCAAGGUUGUUCCAGAGGACAGCACAAGGGACGAGGAGCUGUCCUCAGUGGAAGAGGCCAUUGAGAACAUUCCAGAGGACAGCAAAAGUGACCAGGAGCUGUCCUCAGUGGAAGAGGCCAUUGAUGAUAUUCCAUGGGACAGCACAAGUGACCCGGAGCUGUCCCCAGUGGCAGAGGCCAUCAAGAACAUUCCAGAGGACAGCUCAAGUGACCAGGAGCUGUCCUCAGUGGAUGAGGAUCUGGAGGACAUUCCAGAGGACAGCUCAAGUGACCAGGAGCUGUCCUCAGUAGAAGAAGACAUCGAGAAAAUACCAGAGGACAGCAUGAGUGACCAGGAGCAGUCCAAAGUGGAAGCGGCCAUCAAGCUCAGUCCCGAGGACAGCACGGCUCUUCCCCCAGAGGGGCCCAGCUCUGCCAGCCCCGUGGGCACAGAGGUGGCAGCAGAGGCAGUCCCUGCCCUGCCCAGCGCCUCUCCUGCCCCCGGCAGUCCCACGGAGGCCGAGCCGGCAGCUGCUGCCCCGUCCGGAGCUGCUGAGGAGGCAGCAGCGGGGUCAGUGCUGGCAAUGCAGGACAGGAGGGACGGCUCUGAUGAGGAAAACAAAUUUUGGCAAUUUUUGUAUGACCUGGAGCCUUUCCCGGAUGGAGACCCAGAGCUGUCCCAGGAAGCGUCCUGCUGUGAACAAUGCAGAGAGGAAGAUCUGCCCCAUGGGGAGGUCAGGAGUUACCACCAACUCUUUGACUCGGAAAAAUAUUUGGACCAAGACCUGUCCCAGGGAGAAGUCAGCAGCUCCCAGGGCCCCUCGGACUGGGAAGAAUGCAUUGAGCAAGUGCUGUCCGGAGGAGAUGUCAUCAGCUGUGCAGAACAUUCAGACUGGGAAGAAUAUCAUGCCCAAAAUGUGUCCAGUGAGAAUGGCAGAAGACCCUCAGGACUCUCCAGCUGGGAAGACAACAGUGACACGGGGCUCAUGCAGGAGAACUGGCCUGAGCACGUCAUCUUGGCCAAGCCCCUGUGCCCCGAGGAUGAUGAGUGGGACGAUGUGAGCCUCCUGGAGCUGCCCCCAGAAGACAAGCAAGACCAGAAAUGGAAAGUUUUAGUGGCAGAGGGGCUCCCAGUGCCCAUCCCUCGGGAGGCCUGGGCUGAGUGCCCGGCACAGGAGCCGUGCAGCCAAGGGCCGGCGCCUGCCCCGCACAGCCCCCCCAGCCCCUGGCCUGCCCGGCUGGGAGCCCAGGCCCUCCGCGGGCAGCCGGCUGCCCCCGGGAAACGUCCCUCCCGCUUCAGGCGGGCGCUGCGGGCGCUGCGGGGGCUGUUCCGCUGUUCCUGCCUCAGGCCACACACAGAGGAGUAAAACGGACACAGGAAAGGGUGAAGAGGAUAAAGAGAAGGAAGGUGAACAACAGGAAGAAGAUGAAGAUGACUGCUCCUGCCAGUCCCGCUCCUCUGUGUCGGAGCAGCAGCUGAUCGGUUCGGCUCAAGGGGCUCAGAAAUUGCUGCUGCAGCUCCUCCAAAUCAGAGAAGAGAAAAGCCUUUGGGUGGGCCAACCAAGCCAAGCAAAACCCAACCAGGCAGAGCCACGAACACCUGGGCAGUGAGGCUUGGAAAAUGCCCACCCAAAGAGCCCAAAGCUCUCCCAUCCCUGCCCCGGGCCUGGAAGGUGCAGCAACAAUUUCUUGGGCACAAAGCAGAGGCUCCUGGAACAGACUCAGCACAAACCCCUCCGGGACAACGGAAAAGAAGACAAAGACAAAGAUGAAGACAAUGACACAGAAAAAGAGGACAAAGACAACACAGCAGAUGAAGAAGAUGAAGACAGUGAAGAAGAUGAAGACAAAUAGGAUGAAGAAGAUGCAGAAGACAACAAAGAGGAAGAAGACAGAUGGAGACUAAAAAGACAAGAUAUAGAACGUUUAUUUAAGAAUAGAUAGAAGAAGUAUAGUAAUAGGAAUUUAGAAAUAC